CGACAGGUUUAAAGAGGAGGAGGCGCAGGAUUCGGGCUUCACUCUGAGACGGACACGGACACAGAGAUCCUGCAGCCAACAUGAGUGGGUAUAAAUGGGCUGAAGAUGACUUCAUGCCGCCGGGGGUGUGUCGGCUCCUCACCCCACAGCCAGAGAAUAAUCGAACCUACAUGAUGUACCACGGCACCACCAGGGCGAAUGCUCGGGCCAUCCGUAGGGGAGGAUUUCAUCAGUCUAAGGGCGGGAUGCUCGGCCCUGGCGUCUACCUCAGCAGAGACCUGGAGAAGGCCAAACGCUAUCCCAUUGAUUGGCCUGAGAAUGACAAGGUUGUCAUUAAGGUUACGGUCAACGUGGGAAAAGUGAUUGCCAUCAGCCAUCAGGGCCACCCUCUCCAGAAGACCUGGAGUGACGGGGGAUACGACGCGGCCUGGGUACCGCCCAGCUGUGGGAUGGUGAAGAGUGGCCUGGAGGAAAACUGCAUCUGGGAUCCCAAACGAAUCAGUAUCAUUGAUGAUAUCAAACCGGUUCCACACCCCUACAGGGAUGCUGCAGCCAACAUGAGUGGGGAUAAGGAGGAAAACCGGAUCCCGCUUCGCAGAGGAGUUUAUCUCGCUGAUGUCGUCAAAAACCUUCCGGACCCGUCCCUUUGUCCAAAUGGAUAUACCCCUGAAAUAAUGCUUGCUGCAGCCAACGUGAGCCGGUAUAACAGAUACCUGGAAGAAAACUCCAUCUGCCCGAGCAGACGACUGAGUCUCAAUGACUUCCUCCCGCCGGUUCCACACCCCUACCCGCCCUUUUAUCCACAUGGUGGAUAUGGUUACAUGUAAGGAUGCAACUGGCAGUUACUCAUAAGUU